CUUGGGCUUUUGGGAAGUCUUGAAAGUUCAAUUCAACAGAUGAGCUAAGACCCCAUAAACGACCCAUAAAAACUAUUUGGCCAAUCAAAAGUUGAUUAUUUCUCGUCAUAGCUGCUUAGCCACAAAUCGAUAACGCUAAUCGGAAUUUAGCGGGCAGAAGGCUAAAAUUUGGAGGCUUACGUCUGUAAAUCCCACACGCCGCAAUGCACCUGAGCUUGACGCCUCAAGCCAAACCCAAAAUUUGACUUUCGAUUACCGAAACCGAACCGCUCGUCCAAGAUUUACAUCAAACCGCUCACUCCCGACUCCCGUAAUUCCACCCUCCCGCACGCAACACCCUAAUGGCGUCCAGGAGACUCGCUUUCAACCUCGCGCAGGGCAUGCGCAGCCGUGCCGCAAAUUCUGCCAUACGACCAUUACGAAGAGGUUUUGCAACUCCGGUGACGUCUCCCGUUGGCGCGAAGACCCAGACCACAACACUGAAAAAUGGUCUGACGAUCGCGACCGAAUAUUCGCCUUGGGCGCAGACUUCGACUGUGGGAGUAUGGAUUGACGCCGGUUCGAGGGCCGAGACGGACGAGACAAAUGGAACCGCACAUUUCCUAGAACAUCUCGCCUUCAAGGGCACCCAGAAGAGAACUCAGCAACAACUAGAGCUCGAGAUUGAGAAUAUGGGUGGUCAUCUCAACGCCUAUACCUCGCGUGAGAACACCGUCUACUUCUCCAGAGCAUUCAACUCCGAUGUUCCCCAGUGCGUCGACAUCCUCGCCGAUAUCCUCCAGAAUUCCAAACUUGAGCCCUCCGCCAUCGAGCGAGAACGUGAUGUCAUUCUCCGUGAAUCAGAGGAAGUUGAGAAGCAGCUUGACGAGGUUGUCUUCGAUCACCUCCACGCCACCGCCUACGCCCACCAGCCUCUCGGCCGCACUAUUCUUGGACCUCGAGAGAAUAUUCGUGACAUCACCCGGACCGAGUUAACUAACUACAUUAAGACCAACUACACUGCUGAUCGUAUGGUACUCGUCGGUGCUGGUGGUAUUCCUCACGAUAAGCUCGUCGAGCUAGCCGAGAAGAACUUCUCUAAGCUCCCUACUUCUUCUCCUCACAACGAAGCCUACCUCCUCUCCAAGAGAAAGCCUAGCUUCAUUGGUUCUGAAGUUCGACUCCGAGACGAUACCAUCCCAUCCGCCCACAUCGCUCUUGCCGUUGAGGGUGUGAGCUGGAACGACGACGACUACUUCACUGCUCUAGUUACCCAGGCCAUCAUCGGCAACUAUGACAAGGCCAUGGGCAGCGCACCUCACCAAGGCAACAAGCUGAGCACCUUCGUUCACCACAAUGACCUAGCCAAUAGCUUCAUGAGCUUCUCCACGAGCUAUAGCGACACGGGUCUAUGGGGUAUCUAUCUAGUAAGCGACCAGCUCACCCGUCUUGACGACCUGGUUCAUUUCACUCUUCGGGAAUGGUCCCGCCUUUCUAGCGACGUCACUGAGUCCGAGGUCGAGCGAGCAAAGGCCCAAUUAAAGGCCUCCAUUCUCCUUUCCCUCGACAGCACAUCCGCCGUUGCGGAAGACAUUGGCCGACAACUCGUCACAACCGGCCGCCGCCAGAGCCCUGGUGAGAUCGAGCGUGUCAUCGACCACAUCACGGAGAAAGAUGUAAUGGACUUCGCCCGAAGGAAACUAUGGGAUCAGGACGUGGCCAUUAGCGCCGUCGGCAGUAUCGAAGGCCUUCUUGACUACCAGAGAAUCAGGAACGACAUGAGCCGAAAUUUUUAGACGGACAGUGAUUGGGGACAGUAGCUUGAAGGGGGGGAACUCGGUCAUAGAGUGUAACGGAUAAUCACGCACUUCAUUGUACCAUACCAUAAAGAUUUUUCAUCUGUUAGAUUCCCUUGACCGGCCCAAAAGAUAUUUUGUUUGUGUUA